AUGAGUCGUAAUUGGGAUACAAAAUUAGCAUCUUUAAAGAUAAAGCUUCUGUAAAUAUAACAUGGGGUUCUUAAAUUCAUGAUAAUUAGAGAGGUGCUAUUUCUACAGGUACAACCAAUGCUGCUUUAAAUAAAGGCUAAGUUACAGUUGUAUACAAUAAAUAUAGAUUUACUGUCUAAUGCACAGUAGAUACAAGUGGGAAUGAAUGUAUAUGAUGUUGUGAUAUAAUAAAUUUUUGUGCAAAUGCAGAAGUUACAGAUAAUUACAAUAGUCAUUGUGAAUAUUAUAUAUAUCCUAAAAAAUGUAUAAUAAAAUUAGAGAUGUGGGCUUUGA